GAAGACGAAGAAGAGGCCGACAGCAGUCUGGUGGACACUGCAGUACAUGCGACCGUACAACGAACCGCUCUCGCGCUCGGUCCGUUUUUUUUCUCUCCAACGCCAGCGACGACACGGAUGAAAACUGUCAUCUCUGUUUUGAAGUGAAGUGGCGGAGAAGAUUUCAACGUAUCCGGGAGGGAAAAAAAAAACAUAACUUUCCGUUACAGCACGAACCGCAUAGUGUGCGGCCGUUGGGGAUUCUAAAGGAUUUGCAAAAUCAACAGCUUUCCCCCUCAACUACUCAGUGGAACGGUGCAGUGGGGGCAAACCUGCUCUCAGGUCAGAACAAACCUGUGGUCAUGGAUGUGGAUGAGGAGGAGAAUAUGAGUUCGAGCAGCACAGAUGUUAAGGAAAACCGAAACCUGGACAACGUGUCCUGCAAAGACGGGGUGGGAGUGGCUGAACAGCUCCCCAAUGGAAGUGGCCUGGGCAGUCGAAAGCGCCCCCUGGAAGAGGGGAACAAUGGACAUACACACUCCAAGUUCCGAGCCAAGAAGCGUAAGAAAACACCGGGGCCGGUCCUGCCCAAGAACGCUCUGAUGCAGUUGAACGAAAUCAAACCGGGUCUACAGUACAAACUGCUGUCUCAGACAGGACCAGUCCAUGCUCCAGUUUUUGUCAUGACUGUGGAGGUCAAUGGACAGAUGUUUGAGGGCAUGGGCCCAACUAAGAAGAAGGCUAAACUAAAUGCAGCUGAAAAAGCACUGCGUUCCUUCGUCCAGUUCCCCAAUGCCUCUGAAGCCCACCUGGCCAUGGGUCGAACACUGACAGUGAACACAGACUUUACAUCUGACCAAGCUGACUUCCCAGACAUGCUUUUCAAUGGCUUUGAGACACCAGCCGCUCCUGAAGAAUCCUUCUAUCUAGGCUCUAAUGGUAGCAGCUCCUUAAACUUACUAGGGGAGUAUCCACUGCCCACACCGCCUGGCAGCAACCUUGUCCAGGCCCCCUUGCCCCCUCCAUCGACAUUCAGCUCGCCCUCCAGUGGCAAAAACCCAGUCAUGAUUCUCAAUGAGCUCAGGCCAGGCCUCAAAUAUGACUUUGUCUCAGAGAGUGGGGAGAGUCAUGCCAAGAAUUUUGUGAUGUCAGUAACGGUGGAUGCACAGACGUUUGAAGGCUCAGGGCGCAACAAGAAGCUGGCUAAAGCUCGGGCAGCACAGGCCGCCCUCUCAGCUCUCUUCAACAUGCAGCUAGACCAGACUCCAUCCCGGCAACCCAUACCUAGAGAGGGAUUGCAGCUUCACCUACCCCAGGUUCUGGCUGAUGCAGUCUCUCGCCUGGUGGUGGAUAAGUUCAGCGAGCUGACCGAAAACUUCACCUCCCCCCACGCACGGCGAAAAGUCCUAGCAGGGGUCGUCAUGACAACAGGGACAGAUGUGAAGGAAGCACAGGUAAUAUGUGUCUCCACGGGAACCAAAUGCAUCAACGGUGAGUACAUGAGUGACCGCGGACUGGCACUUAAUGACUGCCAUGCUGAGAUAAUCGCCCGACGCUCGCUCAUCAGGUACCUCUACACUCAGCUGGAGCUCUUCCUCAGCAAGGAGGACCAACAGAAGUCGAUAUUCAUGCAGUGUGACAAGGGAGGCUACCGGUUAAAGGAAAACGUUCAGUUCCACCUCUACAUCAGCACCUCGCCCUGUGGAGACGCCAGGAUCUUCUCUCCACACGAGGCCGGAGUUGAAGACCAAGGAGACAGACAUCCCAACCGGAAAGCACGGGGCCAAUUAAGGACCAAAAUAGAGUCAGGAGAGGGCACCAUCCCUGUGAGGUCCAGCAACACCAUCCAGACCUGGGACGGGGUGCUGCAGGGGGAGAGGUUACUCACCAUGUCCUGCAGUGACAAGAUUGCAAGGUGGAAUGUUGUAGGCAUCCAGGGCUCUUUGAUGAGCUACUUCACAGAGCCAAUCUACUUCUCCAGCAUCAUCCUUGGCAGCCUUUACCAUGGCGACCACCUCUCCAGGGCCAUGUACCAGCGCAUCGCAGAUAUCGAGGACCUGCCCCAGCAGUUCACCCUCAACAGGCCCCUUCUCAGUGGUAUAAGUAAUGCAGAGGCCAGGCAGCCGGGCAAGGCGCCCAACUUCAGUGUGAACUGGACGGUGGGGGAUCAGGCCCUGGAGGUGAUCAAUGCAACCACAGGCAAGGACGACAUGGGUCGCGCUUCACGUCUCUGCAAGCACGCCCUCUACAGCCGCUGGGUGCGCCUGCACUCCAAGCUGUCAUCCAUCUUGUGGAUCAAAGUGCUCAAGCCCAGCUCGUACCAUGAAGCCAAGCAGGCCGCCACCGAGUACCACUCUGCCAAGCAGGCGCUCAUCAAGGCUUUCCACAAGGCCGGCCUGGGGGCCUGGGUCAAAAAGCCCAUUGAGCAAGACCAGUUCACCCUCUGCUCCUGAGGGAGUCAAGGGACCAAAAGGAUUCCCCCCCCACCCGCCCCGUCACCACCACCACUCCUCCCACCCCUCCAUCCCCAACCCCCAGACCCAGGGCUGAAAGCAAGAGAGCCCCCUAUUAACAACCAGCCCACAGAGACACUUACCUCCGUCCCGUGUGUCAACGCGCACGUGCACGUGCAUUUUGUUCGCGUGGAAACAAACGUGCGUAAUUUCACAAACCGUUCAUAGCUCAUCAUGCUUAUUCCUCAGAGGACCUCAGCCUCGCCAUGUCUUUUCUCAUAAUAUUGAUUUUUGUCCAUUUUGAUUUUAAUGGAUGUUUUAAUGGUGGGUUGUUUUUUCUCAUCUUACUUGUUCUGUUUUAAAACUGGAAUCCAUGUUUUUUUAAUGCUGUUGAUGUGGAAGUUAAAAUUAUGCAGUUGUGUCUAUUUUCUGGAUCAACGAGUGUAGCCAGUUUAGGGUGAAAUGUAGCCGAGAAAACACAUGAUCUUUGUAAACUAAAAGCAACGUGUGUGGACCAGGAAAAACAAAUCUAUUCAUUAAAAUGAAUGACUUUUGACAAACUUUAAUUUAAAUCUUCAGGAUGUAAAUCUAGUACUGAAAAAUAAAAAGAGAACAAAAAAUAGGUAUAUAACUUUUUAUGUGUGUUACAUGGUCCGUUCCUUAGAUGAGACUACAUGUUCUUAGACCCUGUAUUAAAGAUGAAAAAUGUUCCAACAAAUUGUGGCCCUGUUUGAUUCACUGACUGGAAAGAAUAUAGUGUACAGGCCAGGAGUCGCAGCAGUUUAGGACACUUUUUGUUGAGUUUUUGUGUCUUGUUCAUUAAUUCGUGCAUAUGUUCUGCAAGUUAUUUUAUGUCACUCUCAUUUCAUACUUGAACAAUGGGGAAGGGGGGGUCAUGUUGAGAGCAUAACAGCCCCCCCUCUCUCUCUCUCUCUCUCCGACUCCUCCCCCUCGCCUGGGUCUUGGGACAAGCGUUGGGAGGUGCUGCACGUUGUAUUUUUCCUUGAUCUAAGCCAUGGCUUUGCAUGGGAACUGAACUGGGAGGCCUACAGAGCAGAAACACACAGUGGAGAGCCCUGUACGCCCAUCAGUGAAUGAUUUUGAAUGAAUGCCAGCAUCUUCCUCCACAGGCAGCUUUGAAUCUUUGUCUCUAUUUUCUAGAUUUCUUGUGAUUGUUGGUUUAUUUGUUUUAGGGGGGCGGGACGGGGACAUUUUUUGUUUUUCUUUAAGUUGGGCAUUUUAGGAUUGGGGAUACUACUGCAGUGAAAAUGGUGAUACACAGACCUCUCAGAUCUUGUCACUUAGCUGUCAGUUGAACUAUUAGUAGAAGGCAUGGUCUAUGUGCUGUAGUGCCACAGACCGGAUGUGAAGUUACAUUCACCGGAUGCCACAUUAUGCCAGUCUGUAGUGAUAGUCUGAAAUGCAAACGUGUCGUAAACCCCUCCACAUUAUUUCUCAGCGAGAGGAACAGUGACAUGAACAGACGUAUGCUAAUAUCUGCGAAAACUCUACCAAACUUAUUACAGUGUGAUGUCAUUUUUGUCGUCCUCUCUUCUCCAUCUACAGGAACAUUAGUUAGUAGUCCAAGUACACCUGUGAUCUGACCUUUACACCCUGAGUGCAUAAAUGCCCUCGUGUUUGCAAUUUGUAAAUGAGGACGUUUCCAAGUAACUGCAGUUAAUUCCUCUUCCCAGCAGAAGGAAAUGUAUGUGUGUAUGUGUCAACAGGACGUGUGUGCUCAGACGUCUUUAAGCAUACUCUGUGGAACCUUCACCAAAGAUGAUGUCCAUGUGUGUUUCCGCCCCUGUAUUUUCCACUAUUUACUUUUGAUUUCUACAAAAACUGUGUAUUCCAUUCAAUACAGGGGGAAUUUGAUUGUCAGGCUUCUUCUUAAGUGCAUCUCUAGCUGUCAGUGGCCAUGUGUAUAUUGCUGCUGUAAAAGUAAUUCUCUGUAUAUAAGGAACAACACAAAAAACGUGUUCCCUGUACAAUCAGUUCAUCCCAUCCUAAAAACAGUUUUGACUGUUGCUGGGAUUGUGAAGAUGUUGAUGUAAAGUAUUAGUGGUUCUCUGUGACUGACUGGGCACCAUAAAGCAUGGCACUAACACUGCCGGGGUUAACGGGUUUCAUCCCCAUUGUAGCCACCAAUGUUAAAAAAAAAAAAAAAGAAAUUAAAAAAAAAAAGCACUGAAAGGUGCCUCAGCUAAAAGUGGCAUCCACAAGCUGGCACGUGUGAUGUCAUAUACGUAUGCACCUUUUUCUUUUCUUUUUUACUUCUAUUUCAGUCAGUAUUAGAGAAGCAGGAAAGGGGAUUCUACCAGAGUUGACUUGCUAGACUAUUUGAAAUGUGGAUCAC